AUGAGUCAGCUAUAUUUGUUUCUUUCAGAAACUAUUUUGGAAGUGCCGUAUAAGAAUUCGCAAGGUAAAUGGAUAUGGUCUUGGGGCAGUCAGUGGACUAAACCUGAAGUUGGAAAUGUUAAAAUAUAUUACCAAGUAUGUGAUGUAAGCUCACCCAGUGAACCAAACAAGUGGAUAAGAAGCAAUGUGUUCCUUGUUGGUGAUGCAAGAAGAAUUGAUGUUACUGUUAAAUACGCUGUUUCUAAAUGUUCUAGUGUGCCGUCUAUGCAAUACUGCAAGGAAACAUUCAAACUUUAUGUUUAUAAGACUGCAAUACAGCAUACAUCAGCUACAGUCCCUGAACCUUGGAAAACACCUGAUGUCUAUCAUAUAUUCGGAACCACGUCUCCAACAAACAGGAGCUCAGAUAUUCUGUCUCGAGGUUUUGCGAAUACCGAGAUAUAUUCAUUCCUUACAAAUAAUGCAAUGUCGUACCAUUACUUCGCUAUACAAUAUCAAGGAGGAUGUUUUCAGUUAUACAGUGUCACCAUAAGUUACUCGGUCUGUCCAUCGUUAGCUCUUCCUACUGGUCUCGUCCAAUUACCACGAACUAUAGCCCCAGCUAACGGUACAAUAAAAGUAUCAGGGAAAUGUCCGGAGAAUGCUCAGCCAUUGGCGAACAAUGCUGACUUAUAUGGCCUCUGCCAGGCUAACGGUGAUUGGAGUAGCCAUAAUGGAAGUGGCGGAUGUUUGUGUAAAUAUGGCUAUGGAAAGUAUUCGAAUGGACCUGGUAUAGUGUGCAAAGGUUGUCCAAUAGAUACCUACCAAAGUUCUCCAAGUGGUAGUGCAUGUAAACCAUGUCCACUUAACAGCAUACAGAAUAAGGAUAGGAAGAAGUGCAAUUGCAAGCCUUUAUUUUACAGAACUGACUUUGAAUCAGCAUUUGACAAUUGUACCGGACAACCAUCGGCACCACAGUCGAUUGAGGUCAUCUCCAAAAAUGCAACAUUCAUAACACUGCGAUGGUCAACGCCUUCAAAUCUUGGUGGACGAUCGGAUAUUUACUUUAACGUUCGAUGUAAGAAAUGCAACAAUGCAGGCAAGAAUUGCACUGCGGAAUGCACCGGUGCUUUUAUUUUCCAUGCUCCAACGAGUAGUAUGAAGGCAACGGUAUAUCAUCUUUCUGUCUAUACAUAUUACCUGUUCGAAGUAUUUGCUAAGAAUGGAGUCUCUCCUCAAGCAGACAAGAAAGGCGAUAAUCCAAAGUAUUCAGCACUUUUAAGUAGAACUGGCGAAUCAACACCAGGUCCUGCUGUAGUAACAACGGUYAAAAUACUGAACGCUACAACGGUGUUUCUAAGUUGGACCGUCCAGGAACCAAAUGGUGCUAUAACGUACUAUGAAGUAAUCUACUAUCCCGUCGGUCAAGAAACAGAGAAGGAGACAAAGAACACAACKUCAAACAACAUCACAAUAAAUGGACUAAUAUAUGGAAAAGAAUAURUUUUUAAGGUUCGUGCCAGUACAAAUAUAGGUUUUGGUAUAUCAAGCAAUAUAACGAAAACAAUAGUCCUACCAAAUAAAGGUUCACAUACUGGUGAAAAAGGUUCCUCUACCGAACUCAUCCUGGGGAUAGUGAUUGGUGUAUCACUCCUGAUUGCACUUGUGUGUGUUAUUGUUGUUAUUUUUAUUUAUCGACRCAGAAAGAGGAAAGAGGAAAACAGUCCAAGCAAUGAUCUGAUUCCUAUGGCUAGUGAACGUUUAUUCAUUGAUCCGAGUAACUACAAUAGUCCUUUAGAAGCCAUGCGAUCACACACCAACGAGAUUGAAUUGAAGAACUUGGAACUUAAAAUCAAUAUUGGAGAAGGGGAGUUUGCAGACGUGUAUAAAGGAAUAUAUAUCACUGGAUCAAACAGAGAGGUAGUCGCAGUGAAGAUUUUAAAGCCGACGUCGUCUACUAAGAAUAAGAAAGACUUUAUUCGAGAAGCAUCGAUCAUGGGUCAAUUCAAACAUCCCAAUGUGAUUGAACUGAAGGGCGUGGUAACGCGUAGUCCUGAGUACCCCAUGAUGAUAGUUACAGAAUUUAUGGAGAAUGGGUCACUCGAUCAUUUCCUGAAGAGUCGUGAUGGUAUGCUAACGCCACUACAGCUUGUUGGAAUAGCAAGGGGUGUGGCCAAUGGGAUGGCAUAUCUAACAGAAAUGUGCUAUGUUCAUAGGGAUCUGGCAGCUCGUAAUAUUCUUUUAACUGAAAACUUUGCAAGUAAAAUAUCGGACUUUGGACUGUCACGUGAGUUGUACACCAGCGAAGACAAUCCUGAAUCAGUGUACAUGACACAGGGUGGUAAAAUCCCUAUUCGCUGGACAGCACCAGAAGCAAUCAGAUACAGAAAGUACAGUUCUGCUAGUGAUGUUUGGAGUUUUGGGAUUUUACUUUGGGAAAUCAUGGCUUUUGCAAAAAGGCCUUACUGGGACUGGGAGAACGAAGAGGUUUUUACCAGAGUUGAAGGGGGAUUCCGUCUUCCUCCACCAAUGUACUGCCCGAAAUCGAUCCACGACCUCAUGUUAGAAUGCUGGGAGAAAGAUAUGAACAGCCGACCAAAGUUCCCUGAUAUCGUAAAGCGAUUGGACGAAAUGAUUCGUUCGCCUGACAAAAUGAAUCACCAGGAAAUUCCAUCGCAAAGUGUCGGGGCUCAAACAAACCUUGGAGAAUUAACCUCGGUGGAAGAAUGGCUUAUUGACAUCAACAUGCGUCAGUAUGGCGACAARUUUGUGGAUGCUGGAUURACUGAACUUUAUCAAAUAACCUUACUUGACGAUAAAGCAUUGAARCGAAUUGGAAUAACCCUCAUAGGACAUCGAAACAAGAUAUACAAAAGCAUAUGCAAGCUGAGACAGCACUUUACUGCAGGGCCAGAUAUAGAAAUUCAUAUUUCUUUUGUCCAGCCGACGUCGUCUACUAAGAAUAAGAAAGACUUUAUUCGAGAAGCAUCGAUCAUGGGACAGUUCAAACAUCCCAAUGUGAUUGAGCUGAAGGGCGUGGUAACACGCAGUCCUGAGUACCCCAUGAUGAUAGUAACAGAAUUUAUGGAGAAUGGAUCACUCGAUCAUUUCCUGAAGAGUCGUGAUGGUAUGCUAACGCCACUACAGCUUGUUGGAAUAGCAAGGGGUGUGGCCAAUGGGAUGGCAUAUCUAACAGAAAUGUGCUAUGUUCAUAGGGAUCUGGCAGCUCGUAAUAUUCUUUUAACUGAAAACUUUGCAAGUAAAAUAUCGGACUUUGGACUGUCACGUGAGUUGUACACCAGCGAAGACAAUCCUGAAUCAGUGUACAUGACACAGGGUGGUAAAAUCCCUAUUCGCUGGACAGCACCAGAAGCAAUCAGAUACAGAAAGUACAGUUCUGCUAGUGAUGUUUGGAGUUUUGGGAUUUUACUUUGGGAAAUCAUGGCUUUUGCAAAAAGGCCUUACUGGGACUGGGAGAACGAAGAGGUUUUUACCAGAGUUGAAGGGGGAUUCCGUCUUCCUCCACCAAUGUACUGCCCGAAAUCGAUCCACGACCUCAUGUUAGAAUGCUGGGAGAAAGAUAUGAACAGCCGACCAAAGUUCCCUGAUAUCGUAAAGCGAUUGGACGAAAUGAUUCGUUCGCCUGACAAAAUGAAUCACCAGGAAAUUCCAUCGCAAAGUGUCGGGGCUCAAACAAACCUUGGAGAAUUAACCUCGGUGGAAGAAUGGCUUAUUGACAUCAACAUGCGUCAGUAUGGCGACAARUUUGUGGAUGCUGGAUURACUGAACUUUAUCAAAUAACCUUACUUGACGAUAAAGCAUUGAARCGAAUUGGAAUAACCCUCAUAGGACAUCGAAACAAGAUAUACAAAAGCAUAUGCAAGCUGAGACAGCACUUUACUGCAGGGCCAGAUAUAGAAAUUACCAUAUAAUUUGGGCGUACCUUAGCUGAUAGCAAGUCGACUCCAUCUCUUAGCAAUAGACCUCUGAAGCUUUUACGUCAUGUACCGUAUACGCAAUGCAUUGUAGGAUAUGUUUGGGACAGAAAAUGGCGGAUUUCUAUUGUUUUCUCUAUAAACUAAUCCCACAAUGCAUUGAAAAUCAAGUAGUGACGUAAAAGGUUCCGAAGUCUAUUGUCUUAUACCUGAAGUGUUUCAUUAGGUUGCCAUGAUGUAAAGUUGUUUUCAUUCGAGUUGUAGUAUACAACUCGAAUGAAUUCCAAAUACUCCAUUUUCAAAAUCCAAUGCCAUUAAUAACCACUGCUUUAUUUGAAAGUAUGCACUAGAAAAUGUAGUAAGUACAAUAGCGCUAAUAAUUUACAUUUUCCUCAAGUUAAGGCUAACCCUAUAUUCCCAGAAGGCUUUUAAAACCCGUAAAAACCUUAGGUCUCGUGGGAAUACAGAAUUAGUCUCAACUCGGAGAAAAUGCAAAAUUUCAAGGUUAUUGUAAUAACGACAUUUUCUCUUUUGUGUUUGGUAAGAUCUUUGCGCAUGAGAAUCUGCUGUCAAAUAAAUCAGCGGUUCGCUUUGAAUUCGAAAGUGUAAAUGCCCCAACCAACGACUUGUAUAGUAAGGUUUUGAACCACGGCUUAAAAUCCUACGGCUUGUCGUAUAAGGAAAUCGCAUUCUACAUUGAAGUCACAUGCUAUACAAUCGUACCAAGUAAAUCCGCCUUAAUGAACUGUUUUCACUCGAAAAAACGAAGCUCGCACCACAGACUUGCAAAGUAUGGAGUAAAAAAAGGUGUAGGCCUCAUGGAAAUCACACCCAUUGUACUAUUAUUGUACUAGACAUUGUAGUAUGUACGUUAUUUACAAAUUAAAACUGCAUCACGCCAAAAUAUAAUUGCAGCCACAAAUCAAACAAAAUGCAACCACAUAUGAAGUACCAAUCACAGAAAAAAUAGCAGUCACAAAUGUAAUAGUUGAACAGAAUCUCCACUAAAAUUUGUAUUAUAUUACCUAA